AUGCUAGAUCCAGAAACGCUCAACUCACUCGUCGCAGAAGAUCACAAGAAUGCGCUGGGCGACGUCAUCAAUCGCUUCCGCCCAGACCUAAAGCCAUUCGAAGACCUCUACCGACACCUACACGCCCACCCCGAGCUAUCAGGCGAAGAAGAACAAACCGCCAAAAAAGCCGCCGACCACCUCAAAGCUCUCGGGUAUGAAGUCCACACCAAAAUCGGCGGCCACGGCGUCGCAGGCGUCCUCCGCAACGGCGCCGGCCCAACAAUCCUACUGCGGGGUGACAUGGACGCACUCCCUGUAGAAGAACAGACAGGCCUAGAAUACUCCAGCAAAGUAAUUGCCCGAGACUCGAGCGGCAAGCAGCAACCGGUGAUGCAUGCCUGCGGCCACGACACCCACGUCACAUCCCUCAUGGCAGCAUCGACUCUCCUGCACGCCGCGCGCGAAGAAUGGACCGGAACCCUGAUCUGCAUCUUCCAACCAGCCGAAGAGCACCUCGAUGGCGCCAAGGCCAUGCUCGACGACGGCCUCUACGACAAGAUCCCCAAGCCGGAUCUCGUCCUCGCGCAACAUGUCAUGCGCAUGCGCGCCGGCACGGUCAACCUGCGCGCCGGCCCGCUCCUUACAGCAGCUGACGCAUACGACGUGCGGAUCUUCGGACGCGGCGGCCACGGCUCGGCGCCCCAGACGACCAUCGACCCCAUUGUUCUCGGGUCGUCGAUUGUGACGCGCUUGCAGUCGAUUGUGUCGCGCGAGGUCACGCCGGGGAAACUGGCGGUUGUGACGGUUGGCAGCAUCCACGCCGGCCAAUCGCACAAUAUCAUCCCGGCUCAUUUGGACUUGCAGUUGAAUGUGCGGACUUUUGAUGCCGCUGUGCGCGAGCGCGUCUGCGCUUCGAUCCAUCGCAUCAUCCAUGCCGAGUGUCAGGCUGCUGGGGUCGAGCGCGAGCCUGAGAUUAAGCUUACGUUCUCGACGCCGUCGACGAUUAAUGAUGGGAAGACUAUUGAUUCGCUGAAGGAGACUUUCGGCCCGUACUUUGGGGAUAGCAUGGUUGAGAUGGAGCCUCCCAGUGCCAGUGAGGACUUUUCGUUGCUCGCUACUGCUGUUGGCGCACCUUAUGUGAUGUGGAUGUUUGGUGGGACUGAUCCUGAGACUUGGGAUGAGGCUGUUAAGAAGGGCACGCAGGAUACGCUGCCUAGUAACCACUCGCCGUUCUUUGCGCCGGUGAUUCAGCCUACGCUGAAGACCGGCGUCGAUGCAUAUGCGCUUGGAGCUUUGACUUUCCUGCGAAAGCAGUAA